AUGCUCAUGAUCCUAUAUGCACUUUGUGCAUGGCACCACCUUGUGGAUAAUGGUCAAACAGUGGAGACAGCAUUGUCCAAAUGCCUGAGUCACUAUAUGGAAGAGUUGGCUGAGUAUGAUGUCCACAUUCAGUAUAAGCCUAGCCGCAAAAAUGAUGUGGCUAAUGCUUGUUCCUACUGUCCUGACCUGCUACUCACCAAGGCUGAUACCAGUGAGACCAUCCCUGACUGGCCAUAUUUCUAUCACCAGUAUUUCAAGAAGGAAGACAUAGAGUCCAUCUCUCCUGCCAUCCUCCACCUGCUUGAGAAGCAUGAGUCAUCAUUCUGGUAUGAUGACGAUCUUGACAUUGUUUUCCACUGAGGAGGUCAUUCAC